AUGCAACUCCCCAGUCAUUGUCUCGCCUCCCUGGCCUUCGCGGCCCUGGCCUACGCGGCACCUUCUGCAACAGAGACAAAGGCCUGCACAGAAUCCGCCUUUGGAGGUGCUCUUCCCCAAGAGGCAUCCAUUGUGAGCGUUGAUGCUGUCCCUGCAGGUGGACAGUAUGGAGAGGGCUCCCGGAACCCAGCUUACCCCAAAAUACCGACGGAUCUACCCGAGCUGUGUGCCGUGGUUGUAAACGUCACUAGCUCACCCAUCUCGUCUUACCGGUUUGGCCUUCUCCUGCCGACCGCCGAUGCCUGGAACAAGGGGUUCUUGGCGGUUGGUAACGGCGGCUUCGCAGGCGGUAUCAACUGGAUAGACGCUGCCGUAGGUCCUCGUUACGGAUUUGUGGGAGUGUCUACUGACACGGGCCAUAACUCGACAUCCGGCGACAUCACUUGGGCAACAAACGACGAGACAAAGCAAGACUGGGGUCAUCGAGCUAUCCACGGUGCUGCAACGCUCGGCAAAAAGAUGGCAGAGGCCUACUACGGCGCGCCAGUUGAUCACAGUUACUACUCGGGCUGUUCUACAGGUGGCAGACAGGGGCUCAAGGAGGCCCAGUUGCACCCCGAGACUUUCGAUGCUCUUCUCAUCGGAGCUCCUGCGUGGUGGACAAGUCACUUGCAGACUUGGACCCUUAGGGUCGGGGCCCUCAACCAGCCGGCCAAUGCGUCGCACCACAUUCCUGUUCAGCAGUUUUCCUUGAUUGCCCAAGAAACGCUGCGGCAAUGUGAUGGAGCUGACGGCGUCAACGAUGGCAUCAUUAGCCAGCCGGAGAAGUGCAAGUUGGACCUGGACACCCUACUAUGCACAUCAGACAAGGCCAACUCUACCUGCCUCACCAGUGCGCAGAUCGAGACUGCGAACAAAGUCCACGCAGAUUAUAUUGCGGAAGGACGCUUCGCAUUCCCGGGGCUGUCCAUUUCGGCCGAGACCCUUUGGGGUUUUCUCCUGGGCGCCUCUGAGCCUAGUUCGUAUGGUACCCAGUAUGUACAGUACAUGCUACUCAACGACCCGACAUGGAGAUGGCAAGACUACACCGACGACAUCGUCUGGAGAGCGGAUCGUGAAAACCCUGGCAACGCUUCCGCUACUGGCUAUGACAUGUCUGCUUUCCGCGACAGGGGCGGCAAGAUCAUCAUGUACCAUGGAAUCGCCGACGGCCUGAUCCCUACUGGGAGCUCACACUACUUUUAUCGACAGGUAGCUGAUGCCACCGGGGGUCUUUCGUCCCUGCGUGGUUGGUUCCGGUACUAUGAUGUGCCCGGCAUGGGACACUGCAGCGGCAGCAGCUACAAUGCUCCGGCCUACUUUGCGGGCGCGAACCAGGCUGAAGAUCUCGGUACCUCUGACUACUCGGUGCCCGGCUUUUCGGACGCCAAGCACGACGUGCUACUAGCUCUCACCCAGUGGGCCGAGAAGGGAGAGACCCCUGAAUCCAUCAUCGCCACGGCGUGGAAGAAUCAGACCAACCCUGCCUCUGGCGUCUUGAAGCAGAGGCCGCUAUGCCCAUUCCCCGAGGUUGCAAAAUACGAUGGAAAGGGGGAUGUAAACGCUGCGGAGAGCUGGACCUGCCAGUAA